AUGCCCGGGAGCAGAGGAGUCGCAACCUCGACGGUCACGAUCAUUUUCACCGUCCUCUCAACCGUCUUCAUCGCCGGUCGAAUAUUCACCAGAACGUAUCUUGUGCGGAGUAUCAAGAACGACGACUGGUGGAUCCUCGCUGCCUGGUUCGUCGGCGUCGCAUUCUCAACUUCAAUAUGCGUCGGCGUACGUUAUGGUCUGGGUACGCACCGUGAUGAGAUCUCGGACGAGAGCUUUGCAGCUCUCAAGAAGGCCGAAUAUGCUUUUGCGAUCUUGUACAACCCGGCGCUGAUGCUCACGAAGACGUCAAUUCUAGCCUUUUACUUAGCGGUUAUGAGCAAGGAUGUCGACAAGGUGUUCAAGUGGUGCAACUGGUUGACUCUAGCAGUGGUCAACAUUGGUGGAGCGGCCUUUACGUUUCUCGCAAUAUUCCAGUGUCGGCCAAUUCCAGCUGCUUACAGGUAUCCCGUCGCCGAAGGUGCUAGAUGUACGGAUAUUGUCACGCUAUAUCUUUCCUCAGCACCUGUCAACAUCAUCACGGACAUUGCUAUACUGCUACUUCCCAUGCCGAUCCUCACAGGUAUGCGCUUACCGAAGAAGCAGAAAAUCAUUCUGGUUGUCACGUUCAGCUUUGGUGCUUUCGUUGCGGUUGUUGAUGUCGUCCGGCUGGCGUAUCUGCAGAAUGCUGCAUCUGACAGGAUACACGAAGCGGUUACGAACAGCAGUUCUUCAACGACGUCUGGCACGCAGGGCGGAAACGACUUCUCCUGGGACGCCAGUCUGAGCUUCAUGUGGAGCGCCGUCGAGGUCCAUCUCGGCAUACUCUGCGCCUGCGUGCCAGGACUUAAACCGCUAUUUAUGCGAUUCCUUCCACAAUUCAUCAAAGACGCAGGCGACCCGGAUACGCAACUUGACACUCGCGACAGCGUCGAUGUAGGCCAGCCAAAGGCUAUGGCGGCCCCGAUGAAAGGCGGCGACAUCUCAAUGCUCAACAACCCUGCAGCCUUCCGUAAACCUGCAGUGAAAGAAUACGCUGGCAGCGAUGACGGCGACAAUAUGGGCUUCCUCAAUAUGCUCAGCGGACCAGAUGACGACGCACCCGAGCUGAACAGGGCUGGUACUCGGAAGUCCACUUCUGCCAUGUCGCGCACGUUGACACGGAAAAGUACAGCUCCCAGUGCGUCCGACUUCGGUUUUGUGAAAAUGGCAGGCGCGAAAAAUAUGUUGAAGCUGAACAAUCGGCAGAGCUGCUGGCCAAUCGCGGUAGUGACAGUGAUCUUCUUUCUUUGGGGCUUUGCGUACGGAUUGCUCGACCAGCUGAAUGCGCAAUUCCAGCGAGUCGUUAAGAUAUCAACGGCGCAGGGCUUAGGAUUGCAUGCAGCAUAUUUUUCUGGAUAUCUGGUGGGACCGUUGACGUUAGGAAGAUUCAUACUGAAACGCUACGGCUUCAAAGCAGCGAUGAUGACAGGACUCUGUGUGUAUGGAGCCGGCACCCUGGUUUUCUGGCCGUCAGCAGUACUCACUUCCUACGUUGCGUUUGUCAUAUCGAACUUCAUCGUCGGUUUCGGCUUGUCGUGUCUGGAGAUUGCAGCGAAUCCAUACAUUGCGCUUUGUGGGCCGUUGGAGUACGCUGAAGUGCGACUAAAUCUGUCUCAGGCAUUUCAAGCCAUUGGCACAGUAGUUUCUCCGCUGCUUGCGCGGAAGGCUCUUUUCGAUCAAACGCAGGCUGGAGCGUCACUCGUGGACACGCAGUGGGCCUACCUGGGUAUCGCACUCUUCGUGUUUGCACUGGCGAUCGCGUUCUACUACAUCCCACUUCCCGAAGCCAGCGACGAGGAGCUUGCUGAGCAAGCUGAUCGGAGAGAAGCUGUCUACGCGACCAAAGUCGGCCCGUAUAAGGUGAUAUACGUCACCCUUGCCUUCGGAGUCUUUAACCAAUGGUGCUAUGUUGGACUCCAAGAAGCUGUCGGCAAUGAGCUGCAACCGCUCUACUCGCGUGUUCUUCCCAACGCAAGCCUGGCUCCUCCAGACUUCCAGACAGUCGCCCAUACAGUCUUCGCAGUGGGCCGCUUCCUCGCAGCCUUUCUGAACUACCUGUUCAAGCCUCGCUGGAUCCUACUGGGCUUGUGGCUUGGCAUGAUUCUCACAAACGCUCUACAGAUGCGCUUGGCCGGCACUGGCGCCGCGGCCGUAGCCCAACUCACUGAACUGUUCGAGGCUGGCGCCUUCUCCAUCAUUUUCGCCAUGUGCAUGCGCGGCCUGGGGACACACACUAAGACAGGGUCCGCCUUCAUGACAGCCGCCAUCUCAGGAGGCGCCGUAUUCCCACCCAUUCAGUGGGCAGCGUCCAAUGCUGGUGGAGUUCGCUACUCAUAUUGUGUGCCGCUCGCCGUCGCCUGCUUCGGUGCGCUCUUCCCGAUCUACCUCAAUCUUGUCCCAGCGGCGCGCAAGCAGGUUGAUCCCGUCCACGAGAAACGUGCAGCACGCCGGGAAAGGCGGAAGCAGAUCGUUGAGCGCAGCGAUAGUACCUUCUCCACGGCGACGCAAUCAAACGAGUUCGGUCUUCGUGGAAUCUUAGCGCGACAUCGGAAGGAGAAGCAAUACAAGGAGAAGUCGCGAGCAGCCGAGGAGGUCGAGCACAGCAGCAAUAGCUUUGCGCCUGGGACGACUGAAAUGGCGGGAGGCAAGCCGCCGCUCUCUCCACUGACUAUGUCUAGUCCAAACUGGAAUCACGAAGAGUUCGUCCAGAUGAGCUCGCCGAAGGGGCAUAUCGGAGACCUGAAGCCGUUCAGCGGCGACGCCACCGGGCGGUACUCCGAGAGCCACCAGGAGGAAAGCGCGGAGAGCAGUACAGCCGCCAGUGGAAGUGGAAGCUCGAAGAGCAAAGACUUUGCUUCUCGCGGUCAGCAAGCGGAGAGGGGACCGACUAGACAUCGGCCCAACUUCAACGAUGCUGAUGACGACGACGACUCGGAAGUAAUUGAUUACCAUGCUUUCAUGCGAACAUGA